AGCUGCGAGUUGUAGCGGGAGCGACGGGCGCCGGGGGCCUCUGCGUUGCGGCCCGCGUCGCUCGCCGACCAUGCCCGCCCGCGGCGGCCGGAGACGCUUCGCGGAUCCCAGGGCGGAGGCGCCGAUGCCGGCUUGCGGUGGCGCCCCCUUGGUCCGCGGCGCCCGCGGCGUCGGCGUUCGGACGGCAGGAGACCACGCCCGAAGUGGUGGAGCCGCUUUCGAGGACGGCCUUAUGACCAGGGACGAGAGGACAUCCCCUGGCGGAUUCGCGAAGACGAAGAUGUGCAAGUUCUUCAUUCUUGGAACGUGCGCGAAGGGAACGGACUGCAGGU